CGUGUUCCACAGGCAAAGCAGGGAACCAUGAGAUGAAGGGUGGAGAUGCCAUACGGUGCCCCUAACGGUGACGGGCAGGCUGCCCGAGAUCGAAGUGUGGCCCCCAUCGUUAAGCCUAGAAAAGCUUUUCCCCCAACCCCAUUUCGAUGGGUCCUCUUCCCUCUUCCCUCCUCUUCUUCGUCUUGUUCUUCUCUGCCCCUAAUAAGGGUUCGUUAUCAGGCACUACUGCCACUAUUGUGUUAAUUGUUUAAGCUUUCCUUUUCAAACUUAAUUCAAUGGCUGGGAUUUGCUGUGGUGUUGUUGGAGAAGGUGACACUCCCGCUCCAAUUGAGCCAAGUUCACGCCCUUCCCGGCGCCGGAGUUUGGACCUUUUACCGUUAAAAUACAUAGCUGAUAUGGCAGUGCCGCCGCCCGAGGGUUCUCGGAAACGUCCUAAGUUGGAUCUCUCUCCCAGGGAUUGCCAAAAUGCUGUUGAGAAUUGCGAAAAAUCCAAGGUUGAGAAUUGCAAAAAAUCCAAGGUAAACGACAGGAAAAGUGUAAUGGAACUUGAAGAGUGUCCCAAGUUUGGCGUGACGUCUGUCUGUGGGAGAAGAAGGGACAUGGAAGAUUCCUUUUCGGUGCGUCCUUCCUUCUCGCGUGAAGGCAUUCACUACUUCGGUGUUUUCGACGGUCACGGUUGCUCUCACGUUGCGACCAUGUGUAAGGAGCGCCUACACGAGAUUGUGAAUGAGCAGAUUAACACGGCCCCAGAGAAUUUAGACUGGAAAUCCACCUUGGAACACAGUUUCGCUCGCAUGGACGACGAGGUUCAGAGUUGGAGUCAGACCAACCAGACCUUCACUUGCAGGUGCGAGCUUCAAACUCCUCACUGCGACGCUGUCGGAUCCACCGCCGUUGUUGCUAUCGUCACGCCGGACAAGCUUGUUGUCUCCAAUUGCGGCGAUUCACGCGCAGUUCUCUGCCGCAACGGCGUUGCCAUCCCGCUCUCCUCCGAUCACAAGCCCGACCGACCCGACGAAUUGCUUCGGGUUCAAGCUGCGGGAGGGCGCGUGAUUUAUUGGGAUGGGCCCAGAGUGCUUGGAGUGUUGGCUAUGUCACGAGCCAUAGGUGACAAUUAUCUGAAGCCAUACGUGAUUUCGGAACCGGAGGUCACGGUAAAGGAACGAACGGACGAGGAUGAGUGUUUGAUACUGGCGAGUGAUGGGUUGUGGGAUGUUGUGUCAAACGACACCGCGUGUGGGGUGGUGAGGAUGUGCCUGAAGGCGCAGAAGCCACCGUCGCCACCUGGGUCUCCUGGUAGUGAUGUGGCAGCAGACGGUUCGGACCGGGCUUGCUCGGAUGCGUCGAUUCUGUUGACGAAGUUGGCCUUAGCGAGGCAUAGUUCGGAUAAUGUGAGCGUGGUGGUGGUUGAUUUGAGGAGGGAUCAACGACAAUCGUCAAAUUCCAAAGACGUUAAUUGAAUUUAACGGAAUGAUAUUAAAGAAUGCCCUUUAACCCUAAUCCGUUUUUAAGGAGGUGGAGAAUGAAUGGAGGGGAGGGGCGUGGCUUUUACUUGAUGAAUGGGGAUUAGUAAUUGUAAUGUAAUGGGAUAUUUUAGGUGAAAAAAAUGAGUUGUAACUUUGAGAAAUGAAGAAAUUAUAGGAAAAUUUUACUCUAGGGAAAAUUUGUGUCAACAAAGGAAUCAAUCAUCCGGUUGACACUCCUUUUCUUUUGUCCAUAAUCAAAUCUAUAAAUUGGAUUUUGCUUUGGUUUCAUAAUUCUUUUUUAAUCAUCCAUCCCUAGUAAGAUUACACUAGUCCUCCAAUACAAUGGCCUAAAUUCUUAUGCUCUUUGCCUUUGGUGUGUAAUGAUUUACUAGUUCAUUCAAUAUGUCUGUCAGUC